GAAGAAGACGCGCUGCCGCUGGAGUUUACUAGUUGAAUGACAGCGGCGGCGUGAAUUUUGCGGAUAUUACGCUUUGGGAGCGGCUCGCUUUAUUUCAGUGCAGCGUUUUUUUUGCUUUUGAUUUCUUCCCUUCGCUUUUGGAAAAAUGAGGGACCGGACCAAAGAAUUAGGAAAUACCGCAGAGGCUUCGGAUGACGAUGAGGAGGGCAAAGCGCUGAUGAGCAAAUCUGGAGGCUCAGAGAAGGAAAAUGAAACCUUUUUCAGAAAGACCCAAGAAAUUCACGUGGGGCUCCAGCAACUCAAAAGGAUGGUGUCUGACCUCGAGAACAAACAGAAAACUGUGCUGGGCGAGGCGCUACCGAAGGAAGAUAUGAAGAAAGAGCUCCAAACUCUUCGAGACGAGAUCAAAACGCUGGCUGGUCAAAUCCAGAGAAAGCUGAAGAGUAUUGAGCCCAAGAAGGGAGAGGAUGAUGGGAAAUACAUACCCAUAAAUACUCGAAUGCAGCGCACACAGCACGCUGUCUUGUCCAAGGAGUUUGUGGAGCUGAUGGGCUACUGUAACACCAUCCAGGCUCAGUACAGGGACAGAAACGUGGAAAGAAUACAGAGGCAGCUGAAAAUCACUGGCAGCAACGUGACAGAUGAACAGCUGGAUGCGAUGCUUGAGAGCGGGCAGACGGAUGUUUUCACCCAAAAUAUCCUGAGUGAUACUAAAGCUACGAGGCAAGCUCUGAAUGAGAUCGAGUCCCGGCACGAUGAGAUCCUGAAGCUGGAGAGCAGCAUCAGAGAGCUGCACGACAUGUUCCAGUACCUCGCCAUGGAGGUGGAGGCUCAGGGGGACAUGGUGGACAGGAUUGAGAACAAUAUCAAGCAGUCUUCAGACUACGUGGAGAAAGCAAAGGGCGAGCUGGAGAAAGCGGUCACGUAUCAGCAUAGAUCACGCAAGAAAAAACUCUGGAUUGCAGUCUGUCUGGCCAUCCUUCUCCUCAUCCUCAUCAUCGCCUUGGUCACCACCUUCUCAUCCUAGCAACACCCUGAGGCGCGAGUUAGCAGAAGCACAUUAUGGAUACCCCCAAAUCAACACAUUCAUGCGUAUACAUCAGCUCACCGGAUGUACAGCUGAGCGGAGUCAGUGGAUUUCAGUUUUUUUUUUUUUGUUUUUUUUUAUUCCUCUAACCCUCCUGUCCGCCUAACGGUCCUACUCUCCACUUUUUCUGUUGUAUGGAAGAGAUGUGCUCUCUCGUUUAAUCUCACAAUCUGUGCUGCGCGCUCGAUGCCGGCGCUGCACGUUUUCUGUCAGUUUCUGUUCUGCAAAAACAAACAGCGGGACUCACUGUGGACUGUUACACCAGUCGAUCCUUCCCCUCCUGUGUUUAAAAAACAAAAAAAAUAGAAAAAAAAAAAAAGAGGAAUUAAGUGACCUUGAGUGGGGCACAGAGCAGUAUUGAUCAAACACUGGCACUCGUCAUACUGUACUCAGGAAAACUGUGUUGUAACGUCGAUGCUUCUGGAUGAAUUGGAGACCUAAAGAACAAUUUUAUAAUGUAGGCCUUUUAUAGUCGGAUACAGGAAAUAGACUAAUAUAAUUGUACAUAACCGAUGUUGCUGGUGAUAAAAAAUUUAUGCAGAUGAUUUUUAAAACUUCAAAGGUUUUUUUUUUCAUACUGCGUACAUGUAACAAGUGUAAAUACAGAUUUUUUUUUGUGUGUGUAUGUGUGUGUGAAAUAACCCCUACCCUCCGCCCUUUCCUCCUCCUCACUUCUCUUUACAUUUGCAUAAGGUGUCUCAACACUACAGGUCCAACGCUUCCUUUCCUGUGUCUUUCCAGUUUGCAUUUUUGACUCAAAACGUUGUGCAAGCGCGUGCUUAAACAACACACACGUCUUCAGAAACAGUGCCUUCUCCUUUGCAAAUGUGACGUCGUGCAUUAAUAAAAAGGGAUGGAUGUAUUUUAGACUUUAAUGUGUUUUGUUCUGUUUUUUUUCUCAUCAGUUUGUCCCAUUAUGCAGUUUUUUGCUAAAUUUUGGAGUCAAAAUACACCAAGGGGACAAACGAAACCCAUUUAAAAAAGAAAAAAAGGAAAAAUGAACCAAAACUGAGGCGGCUUCUCGCUGACGCCUCGUUCAGAAGCAGAAAAGUUGCUGUGAAAAAGGCUGGCAGAGGAUGGAGGGGAGUGACACUGCUACUGUGUAAAAUUAUGGCUGUUUAAAUUUUGCAUUGCUCAUUUAUUUUAUUAUACAUUUGUUUUUAAAAUAAAAUACCGCCAUGUUCCAUUAUC